CGCCCCGACCGCAACCCUGGUCCUCGUCCCCGUCAAGGGCUACAGUGACGCCUACGCUGCUCCCAGCACGAACCUGCUCGCGGGCACCACGACGGGGCUCGUCAGCGGCGCCUUCGGGCUGCUGAGCACUACGGUGGGAUAUGCGGGGAGCGUGCUGGGCGCGCUGCUCGGCGGCGCGGGGUCGCCGCAGACAAACACCGGGCACACCCUUGACGCGCGCAGUGCGAGUAGUGCGAGUAGUGCGAGUAGUGCUCCGCAGCCCCCAGAGAGAGACGACGGCAGCAUCAGGGUGCGGACGCUCGCCGACCAGCGCGCGCGCGAGCCGCGCAGCCAGCAGUUUUACAACGGGAACCAGUCGAAUAUCGAGCCCCGGCCGGACGACCGGGGGUGAUGAGUGGUGCAAGGGGAGCAGGAUGCGUACCUUGCUGGAGCCUGAAACGCAGAAACAUCAAGCAAUCGAGACGAAGGCUGCGUUGGCCGGUACUCAGACUCCACCCAUCUUUUUUUUCGUGUAAUCCAGCGUCUGCAUCGUCUGAGCGCGUCUUGAUUCCUUCGUGCGUUGUGCGUGUAAACAUGUGUUCCGCCUGUCAUCGCACAUAUCAAUGCCUCUUUUCCCUCCUUGCCAAUGAUUGCUUGACAACUCCCACACUCUUCUUCGACAGCGCAUCACAAGCCCAGCGCUCCACUGCACUGCCACGAUGCUCACGUGUGCAACGUCUCCGGUCCAAGGCUUCAAUCCCGCGCUCUACACAAGGGGCUGAGUCAGAUGGACCAUGGAGUCUUCUGAGGCUUGCUUUGACGACGACUCGGCGAGCAGCGACUAGGCUAAGCAUGAGUGUGAUGGAUUUACUUGGCAACAGGGCAUCGCUAUACGGAUACUAUUCGCAAUCAAGUCCUCGUAUAGUCGACCUGUUGGUACACGAAUUCCUUUCCGUAGACACGCCACGCCUUCCCAACAUACACUAGCUCUUUCCGUAGACACGCCACGCCGCCCACCAUACACUCACCCCUUCCGUAGACACACCACGCCGCCCACCAUACACUCGUUCUUUCCGUA